AGUGGAGAAACAGAUAGGACGAUUGAAUUUUGCAAGGAAAAAUUGUAUUCGUUUUAUUCUUAUAUUUGAAAGAUUUUUCUGUGAAUGAUUUCUUGAAAGAAAUUGUAAACUCAUUGUCUUAUUUUGCUAAGUAAAAUGCAAGAAUUUUUAGGUAUUUUGCUGUUAAUUUCUGGAGCUCAUUGUUUGUACUCCAAUUCAGAUGUCGUAAAUCUAAAACCAAACAAUUUUGACAAUUUGGUAUUAAAUAGUGAUAAUAUAUGGGUUGUGGAAUUUUUUGCACCGUGGUGUGGACAUUGUCAAAUGUUGACACCUGAAUAUAACAAAGCUGCAACUGCACUAAAAGGUAUUGUAAAAGUUGGUGCAAUAAAUGCAGAUGAACAUAAAUCUCUUGGAGCAAAAUAUGGAAUACAAGGUUUUCCUACGAUUAAAAUCUUUGGUAUUGAUAAUAAACCAGAAGAUUAUAAUGGACCAAGAACUGCAGCAGGAAUUGUUGAUGCUGCUUUAAAUGGAGCUGGUCAAAAAGCACGUAGAAUUUUAGGAGGAAAAAGAAGUACUGGGGAUUUUAAGUCUAAAGAUUCCAAAGAUGUAAUUGAAUUAACAGAUGAUAAUUUUGAUAAUAUAGUAAUGAAUUCAGAUGAUAUGUGGUUAAUUGAGUUUUAUGCACCAUGGUGUGGUCAUUGUAAAAAUUUAGCUCCUAUUUGGGCAUCUGCAGCAUCAGAACUUAAAGGUAAAGUUAAAUUAGGAGCAAUUGAUGCUACUGCAAAUAGAAUAAAAGCUAGCCAAUAUGAAAUAAAAGGAUAUCCUACUAUUAAAUAUUUUGCACCUGGUAAAAAAUCUACUGAUUUUGUGCAAGAAUAUGAUGGUGGUCGCACAAGUAGUGAUAUAGUAAAUUGGGCAUUAGAGAAAUUGGCAGAAAAUGUUCCAGCACCAGAAGUACUUCAAAUUAUAAAUGAAAAGGGUUUAAGAGAAGUAUGUGAAAAUAAACCGUUAUGUGUUAUAUCCGUUUUACCGCAUAUUUUAGAUUGUCAAUCAGAAUGCAGAAAUGGCUAUUUAAAAAUAUUAAAUGAACUUGGAGAAAAAUAUAAACAAAAAAUGUGGGGUUGGGUUUGGACUGAAGCUGGUGCUCAACCUCAUAUCGAGGAAGCGUUAGAAAUUGGAGGUUUUGGUUAUCCAGCAUUAGCAGCUGUAAAUAUAAAGAAAAUGAAAUAUUCUUUAUUAAAGGGUAGUUUUUCAUAUGAUGGUAUAAAUGAAUUUUUACGAGAUUUAAGUUAUGGACGAGGAGGUACAGCACCUUUAAAAGGAGCUCAAUUACCAACAAUUCUUGAAACUAAAUCGUGGGAUGGUAAAGAUGCUGAACUUCCACAAGAAGAAGAAAUCGAUCUUAGUGAUAUAGAUCUUGAUGAAAAGGACGAACUGUAAUUAUAAAAUUUAGUGUUUCUCUGAAACAAACGCACUUUCAUAUACAUAUAUUAAUAAAAUAAUUCGAUAUUUAUUUUUAUAUAACAUUAUUAUCAGUUAAUAUACUAUGUAUGUAUUAAUGUAUAUUGAUAAUCAUUAUCAUUAUUUUUAUCAUGUUAUAAAUUUCUUUUGUAUUGAAAUAAACUUCUUAGGAAGUUUAAAUAUGUUAGUUAUGAGUGUUUAAACAAUAAUUCUUCCAUUGAAGCCAA